AUGGCCUAUCCUCAGGGCUCCCGGGCUCCGCUGGAAUUCGGGGGACCCCUGGGCGCCGCGGCGCUGAUGGUGCUGCUCCCCGCCACCAUGUUCCACCUGCUCCUGGUGGCCCGCUCGGGCCCGGCGCGCCUGCUGGGCCCACCCCCCUACCUGCCGGGUCCAGACGUGCUGUGGAGCCCGCGGGUGCUGCUGCUGUGGCUCACCUGGCUCGGCCUUCAGGCGGCUCUCUACCUACUGCCGGCGCGCAAGGUGGCCGAGGGGCUGGAAUUGAAGGACAAGAGUCGCCUGCGCUACCCCAUUAACGGCUUCCAGGCCCUGGUGCUGACGGCCCUGUUGGUGGGCUUGGCAGUGUCCGCGGGGCUGCCUCAUGGAGCGGCUUCCGAAAUGCUGCUCGUGCCCUUAUGGUUGUAGCAUCACCUCACCGCCUUCAUCUUCAGCUUCCUUCUCUACCUGAAGGCUUGGGAGUCCCCUCCCUCCGCCCUGGCACCUGGGGGGACCUCAGCGGUGCCCAACUUAAGACUGGUCACUGGGUGCGGCAACCUGGUCAUCACCAGUGGCCUUGAUGACAUGCCAACUGUCCUCAUCAACCUGGCCCUGCUGAUGCAGGAAGCAGAACUUCGGGGGAGUCCCUCACUGGCCAUGUGGCUGGUCAACGGCUUCCAGCUACUCUAUGUGGGUGAUGCUCUCUGGCAUGAGGAGGCUGUUCUCACCACCAUGGACAUCACACACGACGGGUUUGGCUUCAUGCUGGCCUUUGGGGACCUAGCCUGGGUACCCUUCACUUACAGCCUGCAGGCCCAAUUUUUGCUGCAUCACCCGCAGCCCCUGGGGUUGCCCAUGGCCUCCGCCAUCUGUCUCAUCAACGCUCUUGGUUACUACAUCUUCCGAAGAGCCAAUUCCCAGAAGAACACCUUCCGAAAGAAUCCUUCUGACCCCAGAGUGGCUGGCCUUGAGACCAUCCCCACGGCCACGGGGCGGCAGCUGCUGGUGUCUGGGUGGUGGGGUAUGGUCCGCCACCCCAACUACCUCGGGGACCUCAUCAUGGCUCUGGCGUGGUCCUUGCCCUGCGGGGUGUCUCACCUGCUGCCCUACUUCUACUUCCUCUACUUCACGGCGCUCCUGGUGCACCGGGAGGCCCGGGAUGAACAGCAGUGCCUACAGAAGUACGGCCUGGCCUGGCAGGAGUACUGCCGGCGCGUGCCUUACCGAAUCCUGCCCUACGUCUACUGA